AUGGCUCAACGAACCCGGAUCGCCAUCUUCGAGUGCGACGAUACCCUUGAUCCUGACAGGUCAGCGUACGGGGGAUACGGGGGCUUGGUAUCAGCUUGGCUGAACUCACAUCCACGUCUCCAGGAACAAGCCGAGGUGCGUGUUUGGGACACCAAACAUGCCAUGCAGUAUCCCGAGCCAGAGGAGUACGAUGUUAUCCUGAUCACUGGGGCACCGACGCAUCCCACGAGCCAGGAGACGUGGGUUGUCAAACUCGUCUCGUACUUGAAGGCGGCCGUGUCGGCAGAAAACAACAAGAAAUUUGUAGGCAUCUGCUUCGGCCACCAAGUCCUAGCACUGGCGUACGGGCUGUCGGUGGGCAAGAACCCCGAAGGAUACGAGAACGCCGUGACCGAGGUCCAGCUGUCAGCGACAGGACGAGAUCUCUUCAAGCAGGACACAAUCUCUCUGAACCAGUCGCAUUCUUGGAUUGUCAAGGGUGUCGAGGGUGAAAUACAAAACACGGGUUCGACCAAGAACACGGCCGUGCAAGGCCUCUACCUGGCUGACCGUCUUUGGUCAUUGCAGGCCCAUCCUGAGUUCGAUCGAGCCGCUAUGGAAAAGGUCCUGGAGCUGACCAGGCCCGAAAUCACCGGGCAGGAAUAUCAAGACGCAGUGGCACGAAAUACGGGGGACGCAGAGCAAGAUGUUGCUCUGGAGUCACUGGCGAAUUUUGUGUUGGCGUAA